AUGAAUGCCAUCCCCAAGGAGAUGGUGCCCCUCAUGGGCAGAAGAGGUGCAGUCCCCAAUGUGAAUCCGGGGAACCUGCCGGAGAAGAGAGCAGAGCUCACCCCCACCAAGAAGAGUGCCUACUUCUUUCUGGAGAUAGAAGGGUUUGAGCCCAACCCUGCGGUUGCCAAGACCUCUCCCCCUGUCUUCUCCAAGCCCAUGGACUCCAACAUUCGCCAAUGUGUCCCUGGCAACUGUGAAGACAUGGAUUCCCCACAGUCUCCUCAGGAUGAUGUGACAGAGACUCCAUCCAACCCCAACAGUCCCUGUGCAAACCUGGCCAAGGAAGAGCAGAAGCGGAAGAAGAAGCGGCUGAAAAAGCGCAUCUUUGCGGCUGUGUCAGAGGGUUGUGUGGACGAGCUGCUGGAACUGCUUGUAGAGCUGCAGGAACUUUGCAAACGACGUCGUGGCAUGGAUGUGCCUGAGUUCCUCAUGCACAAACUGACAGCCUCAGACACGGGGAAGACCUGCCUUAUGAAGGCCCUGCUGAACAUCAACCCCAACACCAAGGAGAUCGUGCGGAUCCUUCUAGCCUUCGCUGAAGAGAAUCAGAUCCUGGACAGGUUCAUCAAUGCUGAGUACACGGAGGAGGCCUAUGAAGGGCAGACGGCACUGAACAUCGCCAUCGAGCGGCGGCAAGGGGACAUCACCGCGGUGCUCAUUGCGGCAGGUGCCGACGUCAACGCCCACGCCAAGGGGGUCUUCUUCAACCCCAAGUAUCUGCACGAAGGAUUCUACUUUGGUGAGACACCCCUGGCCUUGGCAGCAUGUACCAACCAGCCGGAGAUUGUGGAGCUGCUGAUGGAGAAUGAGGAAACGGACAUCACCUCCCAGGACUCCCGGGGAAACAAUAUCCUCCAUGCAUUGGUGACAGUGGCAGAGGACUUUAAGACACAGAAUGACUUUGUUAAACGAAUGUAUGACAUGAUCCUGCUCAAGAGUGGCAGCUGGGAGCUGGAGACCAUGUGCAACAAUGACGGCCUCACCCCAUUGCAGCUGGCUGCCAAGAUGGGCAAGGCUGAGAUCCUAAAGUACAUCCUCAGUCGUGAGAUAAAAGAGAAACCACUUCGAAGUCUAUCUAGAAAAUUCACUGACUGGGCAUACGGGCCCGUGUCAUCCUCUCUCUAUGACCUCACCAACGUGGACACCACGACGGACAACUCAGUGCUAGAAAUCAUCGUCUACAACACCAACAUUGAUAACCGGCAUGAGAUGCUAACCUUGGAGCCCCUGCACACGCUUCUGCAUAUGAAGUGGAAGAAAUUUGCCAAAUACAUGUUCUUCCUGUCUUUCUGCUUCUAUUUCUUCUACAACAUCACCCUGACGCUGGUUUCUUACUACCGCCCCAGAGAGGAUAAGGAGGUCAUCUCACAUCCCUUGGCCCUGACACACAAGAUGGGGUGGUUGCAACUCCUAGGAAGGAUGUUUGUGCUCAUCUGGGCCACAUGUAUCACUGUAAAAGAGGGUAUUGCCAUCUUCCUGCUCAGACCCUCCGAUCUGCAGUCCAACCUCUCUGAUGCCUGGUUUCACUUCGUCUUUUUUGUCCAAGCUGUGCUUGUGAUAUUGUCUGUCUUCUUAUACUUGUUUGCCUACAAAGAGUACCUUGCCUGCCUUGUGCUGGCCAUGGCCCUGGGCUGGGCGAAUAUGCUCUACUACACAAGAGGAUUCCAGUCCAUGGGCAUGUACAGCGUUAUGAUCCAGAAGGUCAUUUUGCAUGAUGUUCUCAAGUUUCUGUUUGUAUAUAUUGUGUUCUUACUUGGAUUUGGAGUAGCCCUAGCCUCACUGAUAGAGAAGUGUCCCGAAGACAACAAGAACUGCAGCUCCUAUGGCACCUUCAGUGAGGCCGUGCUGGAACUCUUCAAGCUCACCAUUGGCCUGGGCGACCUGAAUAUCCAGCAGAACUCCAAGUACUCCAUCCUUUUCCUGUUCUUGCUUAUCACCUAUGUGAUCCUCACCUUUGUCCUCCUCCUCAACAUGCUCAUCGCCCUGAUGGGUGAGACAGUAGAGAAUGUUUCCAAGGAGAGUGAGCGCAUCUGGCGUCUGCAGAGAGCCCGGACAAUAUUGGAGUUUGAGAAAAUGUUACCAGAGUGGCUGCGGAGUAGAUUCCGGAUGGGAGAACUGUGUAAAGUGGCAGAGGAUGAUUACCGACUGUGUUUGAGGAUCAAUGAGGUGAAGUGGACCGAGUGGAAAACGCACGUCUCUUUUCUCAAUGAAGAUCCAGGGCCUGUGAGGCGAACAGCAGAUUUAAACAAAAUCCAAGACUCUUCCAGAAGCAACAGCAAAACUACUCUAAAUGCAUUUGAUGAAAUAGAUGAAUUUCCAGAAACUUCGGUGUAG